AUGCCUUCUUUCCACACCUGUCAUCUGAGGGUGCUGGUGGCCAUUGCGUGCGGGCUGCUGACGGCUGUUGUGUUGGGACUCAGCAUCUGGAGAAUAGUGAUAAGAAUCCAGAAAGGUACAUUUUCUCCCCCAACAAGCACCACCACGCAGUUCUGUAGGAAUGGCGGAACCUGGGAAAAUGGAAGAUGUAUUUGUACAGAAGAGUGGAGAGGGCUGAGAUGUACAAUUGUUAAUUUCUGUGAAAAUAGUACAUAUCAGGAACUUAAUUUUGCCAGAAUUCCAGUGGGAAGAUACGGGCCAUCUGUGCAAACCUGUGGUUACAACACACUAAAUGCGGGCAAACCACUAGCAAUCCGUUUGUGUACUUUUUCUCCUUAUGGGGAGAUAAUAUUACAAAACGUAACAAGAGGAAAUUGCAAUGAAAAUCUGGAAAGCCUGGAAAAGCAAAUAGACAAUAUUGCAACAAAAUCUCAGAAUAUUUCUAUAGAGGUACAGAUUUUAACAUCUAACACUACUGAAUUAACUGCUGAGAACAUCACUUCUGCUUCUAAUGUGGUUGGACAGAUCUUCAAUGAAUCCAGAAAAGCUACAUCUGAGGCCAAGAGGCUUGCUGUAAGCACAGUCAGUCAACUUCUGGAUGUUAGAGAGGAUAUUUUUCAAGUAGCUACUGCUGAUGCUAAUAAUGCCUUUACCACGCUUAUUGAGCAAAUGGAAAAUUAUUCCUUGACUUUGAACAACGAGUCAGUGGUGGAGCCUAAUGUAGCAAUUCAGUCCUUUAAUCCUGGAAUUCAUGAGCAUUCUGAAAGCGUUCGUUUCUCUGUACAGAAAGGAUCAAGUGAUUCUCUAGUUUCUGGCUCCAUAUUUGCAGAAAAUGUGAACACACUUAAUCCAGAUGGACAAACUGAACUUCAGAUCUUGCUCAAAACCAGAAAAAAUAACUCUAUUUCUAAAAAAUUUGGCUUUGUAGUAUAUCAAAACAACAAGCUUUUCCAAUCCAAAACUUUUAUGACUAAAUCAAAUUUCAGUCAAAAAAUUAUCUCAGGCAAAAUAGGUGAAAAUGAGAAAGAUGCUUCUGUUGAAAUGGUCUUUAACCCAACGUACAACAAAAAAGUAUUCCAACUUUAUUCAUAUGCCUGUGUCUACUGGAAUCUGUCGACAAACAAUUGGGACACAUAUGGCUGUAAAAAAGGGAAUGUAACUGAUGGAUUCUUGGGCUGUCAGUGCAACCACACUACUAAUUUUGCUGUGUUAAUGAGUUUCAAAAGGAAUUAUCAGUAUCCGGAGUCACUCGACACUUUAUCCACCUUGGGAUGUGCCCUUUCCAUUGCUGGUCUGGCUCUGACUAUCAUAUUUCAGAUUGUUACCCGGAAAGUCAGAAAAACCUCAGUAACCUGGGUGAUGGUCAGCCUGUGCGUGUCAAUGUUGAUUUUCAACCUCCUCUUUGUGUUUGGAAUUGAAAAUACCCAAAACAAGAACCUGAACACAAAUGAUACUAACACUAAUAUUCCCUCUACUAACAUAAUCCCUGAAACGGACACUGCUGACAUCCCCAAUCCCUCGUGUACGGUGUUUGCUGCCUUACUGCACUAUUUCCUGUUAGUGACAUUUACCUGGAACGGACUGAAUGCGGUGCAGCUCUACUUCUUUCUAAUCAGGACCAUGAAACCUCUUCCUUCUCAUUUUAUUCUUUUCAUCUCAUUGGUCGGAUGGGGAGUCCCAGCUAUUGUAGUGGGUGUAACAGUGGGAAUUAUUUAUGCUCAGCAUACGAAGGAUCCCAACUGGGAGUUAGAAUAUCGACAAGAGGAAAUUUGCUGGUUGGCAACUUUAAACAGCAAUGGUUUUAUAUCACAUCCAUUUUUGUGGUCAUUCCUAAUACCUGUAACCAUUAUCCUUAUCACCAAUAUUGGUAUAUUUAUUGUAAUCACAGUCAAAGUGCUGUGGAAGAAUAACCAGAAUCUGACGAGCACAAAAAAGGUUUCCUUCCUAAAGAAGAUUCUUAGCACAUUGUCUAUUGCAGUUGUUUUUGGCCUUACCUGGAUUCUGUCAUACCUUAUGCUAAUAAAUAAUGAUGACAUCAGGAUUAUCUUCAGCUAUAUAUUCUGCCUUGCCAACACUACUCAGGGACUGCAAAUUUUUAUCCUUUACACCGUUAGAACAAAGGUCUUCCAGAAUGAAGCUUCAAAAGCAUUGAAGUCGUUGUCAUCAUCCUUUGGGAGAAUGAAGCCACUGCCUUCAAUGACUCCGCUCAGGCUGCGUGUAAGGAUGUAUAAUAUGCUCAGGUCUCUCCCAAAUCUAUACGAGCAUUUUAGACUUCUGGAGUCAUCUCUAACUACAGAGGAAACCACUCUCACUAAAAGUGACCAAACAAACUCAAGCGUGUAG